CGGAAGUUGUCAAAGUGUCAAGCAAAAUGGUUUAUCUAAUCUUGUGUUGACUUUGGACGACGUCGAGGUUAAUUGAAAACAAGUAUUAAAACGCCUCAACAUUGCUUUUGUUGACGUUCUCGUCAGACUGAGAUAUGGACACGGUGCAGAACUGAAUGUAAGCCCCGUGGGCAUCUUGUUAGAAAGUGUAACCCGACAGAGAAAAUUGGCAGUUGGUGUUUCAUUUCCUGAAUGAGCAAUGGGUGAUCCGUGGCAAGAAUGCAUGGAGGACUGUGUGGAGGUUGCAAAACAGGCUGGCAAGAUAAUCCGCGAGGCCCUCGAAGGCGACAUCACGGUCAUGCACAAAAGUUCGCAAGUGGACCUGGUGACUGAGACGGACCAGCGAGUGGAGAAGCUUAUCAUAUCUUCCAUAAAAGCAAAAUUUCCUACACACAGCUUCAUAGGUGAGGAGUCAGUGGCAGCGGGAGCUUCGAGCGUCCUCACUGACGACCCCACUUGGAUCAUUGACCCGAUUGACGGAACUACUAACUUCGUGCACAGGUUCCCUUUUGUGUCUGUAUCCAUCGGCUUUACAGUGAAAAAAGAGAUAAUAUUCGGCGUGGUUUACAGCUGCAUUGAGGACAAAAUGUACACUGCACGGAUAGGCAAAGGUGCCUUUUGCAAUGGUGUUCCCAUCAAGGUUUCAGGGCAGGAAGAUCUCAAUCGCAGCCUCGUGCUGACAGAGGUGGGCUUUAAAAAUGACCCCCAGCGUUUCGAGACGCUCAUGGCCAACCUCAGACGCAUCAUUUCCAUCCCAGUGCAUGGCAUCCGCUCGCCAGGGAGUGCCGCUGUUAACAUGUGCAUGGUGGCAAGUGGCUCAGCUGACGCGUAUUACCAUAUGGGGAUCCACUGCUGGGAUAUGGCUGGCGGGGCGGCGGUGGUCACAGAAGCAGGGGGAGUUGUAGUGGAUAUAUCAGGUGGGCCAUUUGAUCUGAUGUCCCGCCGGCUGAUCGCGGCCAGCAGCCGAGCGGUGGCCGAGCGCCUCGCCAGCUACAUAACAGAGUUCCCCGUCGGCAGGGACGACGCAGAUGGCUCGUAAAAAAAAUCAAAUGUAACGCUCGCUCACUCCUAACAAGGCCGGAGUUUGGCAUCAGACGCGAAAUGUGGCGUGUACCCCCUGAGGAGUAGGUUAGUCCAGCAUUCAUUCUUUUGAAUUUGGAAGGUUUGAACACUUGAUAGAAUCUUACUUGUGUGAAGUGCAAAAGUAUUGGGAACCCAAAGGGUUCACCAAAAGUAAAGGAAUACGGCGUUAAAGCGUUGGCAAAUGUUUGUCAAUCUCUGUUUUAGUUGAUCCAAGAAACAAAGAACUGACAAUGGAGAGGUCGAUGCCAAACCCUUAUUGCUCAAAGGAGGCGUGUUAUGUAAUUUAUUUAUUUUUUUCCGCAAUUUUAAACGGUUCCCAGAUGUCUUACUAGAAGGUCUCUGGCAUUCUUUUGUCAUAAUACACAAAGGAAGAAAAAUUAGACUUGGUUUUGGGCACAUCAUGAUGAAUGGGGGUGGAGCCAGAGUAUUGCGAUAUUGCCAUGCUUUUCAUUCUUUUUGCUACACUGAACAACUUUUUCAACCCCCUUUUAACUCAUGCUGUUAUUGACAGCUAUAUUUUUUAUUGUCAAUUUUUUUAGUUAGCGGUAUUAAAGCAUCUUCAGCAAAAACAAACUCGAGAAUUGUUCAACUUUUUAUUCACUUGUUAAGUCAAUAUUAACAUAAAAUUAGCUUGCCUCUCAUGAACAAUGCUACUUUUCAAAGUCAAUAUUUGAAACGGAACCCAAAAUUACAAACAUACAAAGUCAAUAAUGAUGAAAGUUAACAAAUAAACAAAAUUCACUCAAAAAUGCAAGGAAUUUGCAAAAAUAACUGCCGACAUCUUAGCCACGAGUACUAUUCUUUCAGUAAACACUCACAGUAAGAUCAUGCUAACGUGUUUUUGCUAUAACUUGGUGUACAUAGAGAAUAAUUAUGCCUAUUAGUACUGUCAUAUUAAUUGUACAUUAAUUUUUCUGAAGCUUUUUUGUGUUUUGAGGGAAAUUCAUACUUAUUUGGUGUGGAGUGUUAAUAGUGUUUAAGCUAACAUUUCAGGAUCAGACAAAACUGAACUGUUUUUAUAUCUUAAUGCACAGUAUUUUUUUGUUAUCUCUGAUUACUGUUCAGUUUAAAUGGAUUUGACAUUAAUUUCUAGAAUGCCACUGAAAAAUGAUCAUUCACAUCCAGCCCUCAAUAAGUUAACUAACUUUCCUGAACUCAACUCUUUCUGUUCAAGCAUAUGACGCUACUUAGGUCUGAUAAAGAUGUUAUGACCUAAUACAUUUGGCGUAAAUCAAGACAUCAGUCACAAGUUGAUCAGUGUGGCAUAUCACGCAGUUGUCACAUUCUUGUAAUGUGCAUCGUCAAUGCUCUUCCUACAUACAUGCAUUCAUUCGUUCAUGCUUUCUGACUCAUCAGCACUCCUACUCAUUUUAUCUUUGAUCUUACAUGUUUUUAAAGAAACACUAAACAUUUGGUCACUGAAAAUGUUUUCCCAUUCCAUUUUUUUUUACUUCAUCCAGCCUCUUGUUUUAACCUUGUCCAUAUUUUCAUUUACCCUAUUUUCCCCUUCAUCCAUCCUCUUUUUCCCUGUCCCAUUUUUUUCCUCACCCACCCUCUUGUUUUCCCUUUUCCAUAUUUUUCCUCUUCAACCCCCAUUUUCCCGUUUCCAUAUUUUAUUUCCCUCGUCCACCCUCUUAUUUCCCCUUUUCCAUAAUCUUUUCAUUAUUCGCUGCCAGCUUUUUAUCAUCGUCAAUGGCAGACGAGUGAAAAAGUACCGUAUUGGCCCGAAUAUAAGACUGCCCUGAUUAUAAGACGACCCCCUUUUUCACGACUCAAGUUUGAAAAAAGACAUUUUGAACAUCAAAUUAAUUUUUUUACAGAAAAUAAUAACAGUACAUCUGAAACAAAUGAUUAUAACAAUAUAUUUGAGAGAAAAGGCAUGUUAUUUCGCCUCAUUCAAAUCUUAAUAUCUGAACAUUUAAGUAUGUAAAUUAAAGUGCAAUCACAUUCGUAAAUGAAUGGCGAAUGUGAUAAAACAACAAAAUUGCAAUAACUGCAUUAAACAUCAAAGUGAAGUCUAACUGUAACUGUAGUCUUGAAACAAAUCUGAAUAAGGAAAAACAUUGCAAUAAAAUAAUGCAAACUGGUUAACCUUGAGAGUAGCUGCGAUCUGUCAUGACUAGAGCUGAAACGAAUACUCGAGCAACUCGAGUAACUCGAGUUUAAAAACUGGUCCGAGUAAUGUUAUUCACCUCGAGGAAUCGUUUAAUUUUGCCAGCUCUAAGCAUCCCGUUUUGCCCGGACUACUUUUAAUGCGGGACAACGCGCUGACGUCACGUGUGUAGAGGAAGAAGCAAUAAAAAAAAUAAAAAUAAAAACUUAACCGCAGCCGACAGCCGCUACAAACCACGCCGACGUUGCUAAAAACUACGCCCGCAUUAUGCUAGUUUGAUAGCAGGUAGUGUCCGGUGCGUCUCAUAGAUAUCGCAUGCAUUUAGGACUAGAUGCGAAAUGACAGACUCGGCCGCGUCUGGGCAGCGUUAGUAAACAGCCGCCAUCUUUAAGCAGUAGACUUCUCAUCGCUAAUAAAUAUAACGUUACUGUCACUCGCUCACGUAACGUUAGCCCUUCGGAGGGCUAGGUUUCUAUUAGGGCUGUCAAACGAUUAAAAUUUUUAAUCGAGUUAAUUACAGCUUAAAAAUUAAUUAAUCGCAAUUAUUCGCAAUUAAUCGGAAUUCAAACCAUCUAUAAAAUAUGCCAUUUUUUUCUGUAAUUUUUUGUUGGAAUGGAAAGAUAAGACAAGAUGGAUAUAUAUACAGUGCCUUGCAAAAGUAUUCGGCCCCCUUGAACCUUGCAACCUUUCGCCACAUUUCAGGCUUCAAA